UUUCUUGCCGGAAAAGAAUCGUAGCUCUGUCAUCAUCUCAGGCGUCUAUCAACUUGUCAUCCAACAGUUUUGUAACUCUGCCAUCGUCAGACUGCGCCAUCAUCAGACUGCGCCAUCAUCAGACUGCCUCAGUCGUAGCUCAACUCGCCGUUUGAUGCAACCCAAAAUCAGUUCCUUCUUCAAGCCCUCUUCUUCUUCUUGUUUGUGUGAGCCAAAAUCUCAAGACCCAGCCCCGGUUUUGGAGGAAGAAGAUGAUGAAUUGGAAAUUUGGGAGAAGAAACAACAUGUAUUUCUCAAUACUUACAAGCGUAGAGCUAAAAAGUUUGAUAGGGCUUCAUUUGAGGGUGGAAGAAGUGAGGUAAAUGAAGGGUCAAGUUUUGAUACACCAAAGGAGCGUAAAUUACCGGAUUUGAGUCUGAAACCACAGUUGACAGCAUGUGGAAGAAAACUAAACAAGAGAAGCUAUGCACAGUUUCAUUUAGAAUUAGGUCAAUCUGAUUUUUUUCUUCGCACAUGUUCCACUUGUGGAAUCCAGUAUGCUGCUGGCAAUGAGGAAGAUGAGAAGGAUCACAAGACAUUUCACCAGAAUUACACACAUGGGGUUCAGUUCAAGAGUUGGCGCAAUGAAAGGCUUGUUCAAAUGCCUUGUGUUGAAGGGGGGCGCAUUGUUUUGGUGUUAGAUUGUGACUCUCCUGCUCAGAGAAAUAAGGUUCAGGAGGUUUUGAAGAUGAUGGAAAUUGAGUUGGGUAAUGGAUGGAUAUUUCAUAAGCUCUGCAAGGUGUAUCUGUUUAUUUCCUCUCAGAGAGUAGCUGGUUGUCUAAUUGCUGAACCAAUAAGAGAAGCAUUUAAAGUUCUAUCGUGCUCAGUUAAUGAAAGAACUGAUGACACUAACACAAAAGAAACAAGAUCAAACUCAACCAGUCUCCAGUUUGGGAAAAUUAUGUUGCAGAGAGAAGUCAUAAAAAGAAUUCCUUCGGUCAAUUGUCCGAAUCCACUAAAUGGAAACCACAAUGGUGCAAUUUUCUGUGAAAAGGAAGCCAUACCUGCUGUUUGUGGCAUUAGAGCUGUAUGGGUCACUUCCUCUAACAGAAGAAAAGGCAUUGCAACUAAUCUGCUGGAAGCUGUCAGGAGAAGUUUUUGCAUGGGAUUUAUUAUUGAAAAAUCUAAGUUGGCAUUCUCUCAACCAAGUUUAGCUGGGAAGGCGUUGGCAUCAAAUUAUUUUGGUACUGGAUCUUUCCUGGUAUACAAGGCUGAAGAAUCAGUAUGUUAGCUCCUAUUAUAACUUUUUAAUAAGUUUAUUGUCCAGUGUCAUUCAUCCUAUUUUGUUCUUUUUUUCUAAUUCUGCCUGAUAUAUAAACAGACUAUGUUGGUAAACAAUGGUCUGCCUUUCAUUUAUUGUUGCAUUGGCUUCUGUGAGAUUGAAAUUGGGGAAAACAGAGAUUAGCAUGUCAACUAUUUCCUUAUUUACCAAGUGUAUUUUUGUUUUUUA